GAUAUUAUGUUGCUAUCUAUGCUUUGACAUCUCUAGGCUGCUCAGAUAUGUUGGUGAAUUCCCGAAAAAAACUUUAUUAGCUUGUUAACUGUGGGGACGAAGAGGUUAAAGUAAGAAAAUCCGACAUGGAACAGGCUGAAGAAAUUCGAGUGGCCAAUAGAUCCGUUCGUGAAGUGCAGCAAAACUUUGCAGAAUCUCUUGGUUACGCGGAGGAGAUCAUUUGGGACCUGUUGUCCCAGGAAGAAGCCGACUUGCUAAAGAAAAAGCUAAGUGAACUGAUUUGUGAUCCGAUCAACGAAACAGCAUUAGCCGGUAAAACUCCGGCUUAUAUUGAAAAAUAUAACAAAAACCGCAAGAAGCUCAUCGCGGAUAAUGAAAAAACGCGACAGAUCAUUUUCGAUGCCGUUUGGGAGCAGCGAAAAUACACCAACCGACAAUCACUGACGGCCAUCAUAUACGUAAUGGUGGUUACCGACGAGCAGGACGUUAAUCGCGCCGAGGACUCAAGAACUUUCUCCUGCCAUCCAGUCUUCCGGGCCCGUCGAUGUGUCUCUGGCCGCAGCAACGACAGCUCCGAUUGCUGCAAUUUGUUCGUUGACGAGACCGGUCGCGUCUACCAGAACUGGGAGCAGUAUGUGGCCACCAAUGAGCUGCCCGCCGGAGUGAUGGUGGCCCCGGAAAAGGGAAUCUACCGCCUGGUCAACGACCAUGUGUGUCUGGACAAAUAUGUGACGCCUGCGGGCAGCACCGAAAAGAAGGUGCUACGCUACUUAGACACGGGUUCGGUGGUUGGAAGCUUGGCCGCCGCUUCUGUUCCCUUAGCGGCUCUCUUAACGCUACCCGUGUCGGUUCCGGUGAUGGCCGCAGCCGGAGUCGUGGGUUUGGCCAGCGCCGGAUACGCGACAGCUCGGUCCAGCAUAAGACUGGUAGACCGCAGUCAGCACGAGCAGUCCAUCAACGUGACGGACCGCGUGGCACGUGGCCAUUGGCUGGGAGUGAUCGCCGGAGCCGUGGGAUUGGGAGCGGCAGGAGCCACCACUGCACUGACAGCGGCCACUAACGCUGGACGCGAAGUGGGAGCGAUCACUCAAUUGACGGUGAAUGGCAUGAACAUCUCCUCGAUCGUGGUAUCGGGCACUGGAGUCGCCAACGGGGUGUUGGAUUUGAUAUUGAAAGUCCAGGAUGGUGACGACAUUACCGGCAUGGAUGUGCUGCAGCUGUCCGCUUCGCUGGUGCUGUUCACGCAUAGCGUCUACAAUUUCAAACUGGCCUCGACCAUCAUCAAUGAGUCGCCCCACAGGAACGUAGCGGGCUACCGGAACACACUGAGUAGUCGCAUGAGACGCACCUUCGAUAAGAUAUCCAAGGAGACCUUUCGACUUUUAGGAAACUCUCAAGGCAAGAUGGACAUUAUACGCAGCGCGAACGAGAUGCCCUCGCAGUUCAAUGAUCAAGAAAGCGAUGCUCACUUGCUGAUUGGCCCUUCAUCGCAGCCGCGUCAGGAGCCCAGCACUUAUGCCGCCGGCGUGUACUGCUUGCAGCUGAGUUCAGUGGUCAUAAGAGGGGUGACUGUUGUGCUGAGGCAAUACGGCACAGCCCUCUUCGAGCACGUGGUCAAUGCCGAGAGCUUUGCAAAUCACAUUACCAAAAUGGCCGCAAAUCUGGAGCCGGAUGUGUUUGACUUUAUCAUGAAUCUGACUCGAACCUUCAUGGACACCAUGCUGGAUGAACUGACCUCGGUGCUUAAGUUCUUCAUCCCCACAGAAUCGGUGCUUUCUAGCAUUCUGCUGCAAGUGUGGAAGAACUAUCGCCAUCUGCCUUGUAAAUUGGUGGAGGAGCACACCGGAGCCAUCCUCGCAGCAGUCAGGCGGUACUUCCUGUCCCUUAACCCGAACUCGUACACCGAUGUUAUCCAGAAGUGCCCCACUUGUGUCGGCACCUUCAGCAUUUCACAUUUGUAAACAUAUAAAUCCCUUACUUAAAAUUAUUGGGAUUUAAAAGCCAUUAAAACAAGAUUAUUGGUGCCUUAUUUGUGAAAUCAAUAUUUGACUAUCUGUGCACAAUAAGGAUGCACAACUUAAAAAAGUUGUUUUAAAACAAAUAACUCUAGAUAUUUAAAUAAAAUUUGAACACAAAUUUACCAUUACAAAAACA